UUUGUUUUGAUAUGCUUUCGCCGUACGAUUUUGACAGUUUUCUGAUAAAGGAAACUUUGGCAAAAAAAAAAACAAAAAAAAUAUAUACAAAUAGCUGACAGAAGUUGUGUACUGAAUGCGAAAAAGGAAUUUUCACAUAAAAAUUUAAACAAAAAAUUAAACGCCGUAAAGUUGUACGUGAAAAUAUGUGCAGCACUUAUAGAUGCAGUUGUAUUUGCAGCAAUAAUUGAAAAUAUUCAUUGUACUAUAGUAGUCAUGAAUCGUUACACAGUGAGCUCGCUUAUAGGAGAAGGAUCCUUUGGGCGGGUCUACAAAGCCAUACGCAAAGAAGAUGCACAAGUGGUGGCCAUAAAAGUUAUAUCUAAGCGUGGUCGGAGCAGUAGGGAACUAAAAAAUUUGCGUCGAGAAUGUGACAUACAAGCGCAUCUCAAGCACACGAAUGUCAUUGAAAUGCUGGAAUCGUUCGAGACGAAAAACGAUUUGAUUGUGGUCACUGAAUUUGCACUAAUCGAUCUGCAUCGCUACCUGUCGCGCCAUGGCGCUCUACCAGAGGAAAAAGCACAACGACUCAUUUGCCAUUUAGUGUCAGCACUUUACUAUCUACACUCCAAUCGCAUAUUGCACCGUGAUCUCAAACCGCAGAAUGUGCUGCUCAAUGAGGAUUUACACGCGAAAUUGUGUGACUUCGGUUUGGCGCGCAAUAUGACCAUGGGUACGCAUGUGCUGACAUCCAUCAAGGGUACACCUUUAUAUAUGGCACCCGAGUUGUUGGCUGAGCGACCAUAUGAUCACCAGGCUGACUUGUGGUCGCUUGGCUGUAUAUCGUAUGAGUGUAUGGCCGGUGCGCCGCCUUUCUGCACAACAUCGAUAUUACAUUUGGUGAAAUUGAUUAAACACGAAGAAGUGAAGUGGCCAAGCUUUUUGAGCAGUGAUUGUCGUUCGCUUUUGCAGGGACUGUUGGAGAAGGAUCCAUCACUGCGCAUAUCUUGGACACAAAUACUGUGUCAUCCUUUCGUGGAGGGUAAACUGUUUAUAGCCGGCAUUAAGGCAAAUAAUUCGCCGUUCACCAACCCACAAAAGCAGAAGCACACAAAAAGUUCACGCAUACAAAGUUCCAGUUCAAAAGCCGAAGACAUCUCCGAGCGUAUUGCUUCCAUGAAUCUGGCGAACACUUCGCAUUGCACAAACGACAAUUUGACGUCGUCACGUGACAGUAUUAACGCUAUACCGCCUAGUGAUAUUGAGAAUCUCGAAACGGAUGUUGAAGAGAACACCGUAACGGUGCCAUUCACCGAACAAUCCUACCGGGAUGUCAGCGAUAUGAAAGCACACAAUGGUGAUGUGCUUGUGCCACAUUUCAAUAUUGUUACGGAGGCAGCUGUAGCAGCACCUGCCAUCAAUUCACAAACCUGCUUCGUCAGCGGCAACACAAACAUGAUACUCAAUCAUAUGAAUGACAAUUUUAUGUACGCCGAAAACAUAAAUUCCUCGCCAACACAACAAAAUCAGCAGCCACAACAAAAGUCUCCACCCACCGAUAAUGCCAAGGCAACAGACACUUCCCCAAAUACGAUUGGAAAUGUAAAAGUGGCGCGCAGCAAAGAUUUGGAGAAACGCAAACUCAGUCAAAAUUUGGAUAAUUUUUCGCUGCGUUUGGGACAGAGCUUCGAUGUGGAUGCACAGCGCAAAACCAACGAACGCAGAGAGAAAGAUAAAGAUCGCGACAAAGAGAAGGAACAAAAGUGUAGCAAGAGCAUGGCGCUAUCUGCUGAUGAGAAGCGCAGCACUGAAAAUUCACCACCCUGCCUGCUGCCUGGUUGGGACUCCUGCGAUGAGUCGCAAAGUCCGCCCAUUGAAAAUGAUGAGUGGCUGGCGUUUUUGAAUCGCACAAUGCAAGAAGUAUUAGACGGUGAAUUAGAUUCCUUAAAGCAGCACAAUUUGGUAAGCAUCAUAGUCGCACCACUGCGCAAUUUAAAGGCCAUACCGAAAGUGGUGGAUAGCGUGGCGCAGCUUCUAUCGCUGCCGUUUGUAGCCGAUGAGUCACCCUGUGUUAUUGAGCUGAUACAAAAUGUUUAUAUCGACGUAAAGCUGGUGCCAAAUCUCAUGUACGCUGCCAAAUUGUUGAUCUGUCACAAGGGCACCGGCGAUUCGAGCGCCUCCUUGACACAAACGCAUGGCGGACGUGCCGUCCGUGCAAUGGCGGAGCUAAAUAACGAAGAAAUAUGCACCACAUCGCGUCUCUAUGAACUGAUCUGCCACUUGGUGCAUCUGAAGCUACAGUUCCUAACGCAAUUCUGCGAUGCAGUGGCCAUAUUGGCGGCAAAUGAGCUGCUGAUCAAUCUGCUGCAGCAUGAUUUCAAGAACGCCAAUGCGGUGCGCAUCUCCAAUUGCAUUUUGGGCCUGUUGACCUGCGUACUGCGCGAACUGCCGGAGAAUGCGGAUUUGGUUGAGCGCGUCAUUUUCAGCAGUAAGCUGAAUCUAUUGGCGCUAUUCAGCAACAGUGAUGAUUUGUUGCGCAUGCGCAUGUGCAUGCUCUUCCGUUUGCUGGCGCGUUUCAGUCUGCGCGGCUUGCAAAGUGUUUGGUGCACGGAGCUCAAGAAGGCAAUCGAACGUCUGGCCGACGAUGACAAUUUAGAAGUUAGAGAGAUUGCUGAGAGCACCUUGGAAGAAUUGCGUCACUUCAGUUUCUAUGCAUAAAAGGGUCAUAAAUGCAUACAAGACUAGACUACAGAAGAACAUGACCGCCACACCGGCAGCCGAUGAGAUUAAUUACAUUUAAGUUUAUAAUUUAAGCUUAUAUUUACUUUUUUAUAUUUUUUUGUUCAUAAAAAGACAAACUUUUUUUCUAUUUUUGUAACUCAAACCGCGACAAAUGUAUGAAAUCACAUUUAAUUUUUUACAACUGUACGUUCCUCCGGACGGUUUCGACUAAAUAAACUAUUUUGAAAAUA